AUGAAUCAGAGCGAUCGCAGCUUGAUGGAUUUACCACUGGAGAUCCAUCUAUCAUUACUGGAGCACGUUCCGAAUGAGCUUCGUGCUGUCAGUAAAUAUUUUUACGUCUUGCAUAAUCACAGUUAUAAAGAGAAAUGUUUAGCAUGGAUACCCGAGGACAACGAUAUAUGGGCCGCUAUCAAAACUUCGUUAUGUUUGUACGUCAAGAGCUUGGACACGCUACGGCAGUGCGCCAGACAGAUCAUCAAAGAUACAGCAGAGCCAGAACCUGAUUUGCCGUUGUGUAUGACCAGAUACAUCGCAGAUUCGUGGUAUAUAGUAUACAAUGCGUUGCAAUAUCCUGGGAAGAUAGUUAAUAACGAAUGGGACAAAGUUGCCGAAAAUGGAGAUGCAAGUGUGACGGACACUAACAGCAGCUUCGGUAAUCGACCCAAGGAGAGAAUCCUCAUGCAGUCAAUGACUGCUUUACCGGUUGAUUUUUGGUCUAGAAGAAAAGACGAGCCCACGCCAGUGAACGUUUGGUUUUAUGUGAAAAAUGCGCACGUUGCGAGAUACAUACCAAAAAUUAUUACGGAAAUUGGUAUAUGCAACUACGGGCCGAAGCAGAUCGUGGCCAGUGCAGGUUAUAUCAACGAAUUAAUUACCUCUGAAGGAACAUACUGUAUUAACCUGGGACACCUUCCGAGACUAUACAAUGAACAAAUUUUCGAAGGUACAGGAACGACACAUCUUCCCCUGGAGUUGAAAACCAUUGAUAGAACGGAUUCGGAAGUUUGUAUCAAUGGUGAUUUGGUACUACUAGGUUAUGACUUUAUUCCGUAUCAGAUAUCGAAACCGUGGUUGCUCUUCAGAAUUGAACAGAAAAAUGGCAUUGAGGCAAUUUUUAACUACAGCGAAUGCUGUUUUUCAUAUGAGUUUGCAUGGAAUUUGGCCUGCUUGCAAUCCGAAGAGAAAAUCACAUUUUCCAAGGAUGUAAUAAGCCGACACGGUCCACCCUAUAAGCCCUCUAAAUUGUUAAGAAUGUUUGUUUACAAACAUCCGGAACAAAAGCCAGACCUUGAUCAGGAAAUGGCAUUGCCCACUUGGAAUACUCCUUACCUUCGAAGAUGA